CGGGCAUGAGAGCCCGGAGCCGCCGGGGAGGGAAGGGGUGACGCCGCUGCACCCAGCACACUGCAGGGGGGACAUGGGAGGGUCUUUUCCCAUCGGCGCCUCCCCAGAGCCCCGGGAGAAGUCGGUGUCUCUGCUGGAUUCCUGCGGCUCGCUCUGUGCAUUGCCUGCCUCCUUUCCCGGGUGCUGCCUCCUUCCCUCCAGGGCACUGCCCGCAUCCUUCCCGGGCAUCCUCCGCAUCCCUGCCUGGGCAGAGCCUCCUUCCCUCGCCGGGCGCUGCCCGCAUCCCUGCCUGAGCUCUGCCUCCUUCCCUCCCUCCAUCCCUCCCCGGGCGCUGCCCGCCUCCCGCCCGGGCAUCCCCGCCAUCCCACCGCCUCCAUCCCUGCCCGGCUCCCCCCGCCGUGCCCCGGCCGGGCUCUCCGCUCCCCCCGGUGUGGCCGCGCCGGGCGGGGGCCGGGCCGGGCCGGGGCUCUGCAGCCGGGCUCGCCGCAUGGCUCCGCCGCCCGCCGGGGCGCCGCCGGCCCGGGCCGCCGCUGCCAGUGACGGGGAGCCCCGGCGGGGAAAUGCAUCCUGAAUGGGGCUGAGGCCCCCUGCCCGGGAAUAUGCAGCCUCGGCACCGCGGGGGCAGCACCGGGGCCGGAGCGCGGCGGGAUGGUGGCAACCUUCAAGAUCGCCGUGCUGGGAGCGCAGGGCGUGGGCAAGAGCGCCAUAGUCCGGCAGUUCCUGUACAACGAGUUCAGCGAGGUGUGCGUGCCCACCACGGCCCGCCGCGUCUACCUGCCCGCCGUGGUCAUGAACGGCCACGUGCACGACCUGCAGAUCAUGGACUUUCCCCCCAUCACCGCCUUCCCUGUCAACACCCUGCAGGAGUGGGCAGACGUGUGCUGCAGGGGGCUCCGGAGUGUCCAUGCCUACAUCCUGGUCUAUGACAUCUGCUGCUUUGACAGCUUCGAGUACAUCAAAACCAUCCGCCAGCAGAUCCUGGAAACGAGGGUCAUCGGCACCUCGGAGACGCCCAUCAUCAUCGUGGGCAACAAGCGGGACCUGCAGCGGGGCCGGGUCAUCCCGCGCUGGAACGUCUCCAACCUGGUGAAGAAGACGUGGAAGUGCGGCUACAUCGAGUGCUCGGCCAAGUACAACUGGCACAUCCUGCUGCUCUUCAGCGAGCUCCUCAAGAGCGUGGGCUGUGCCCGCUGCAAGCACGUCCACACCACCAUCCGCUUCCAGGGCGCGCUGCGCAGGAACCGCUGCACCAUCAUGUGAGGAGACCCCUGCCCAGGGACCCCCAAACCCUGGGAUGGUUCUGCUGCACCAUCAUGUGAGGAGACCCCUGCCAGGGACACCCCAAACCUGGGGAUGGUUCUGCUGCACCAUCAUGUGAGGAGACCCCUGCCAGGGACACCCCAAACCUGGGGAUGGUUCUGCUGCACCAUCAUGUGAGGAGACCCCUGCCAGGGACACCCCAAACCUGGGGAUGGUUCUGCUGCACCAUCAUGUGAGCCCAGGGAGCUCCCAAACCUGGGGAUGGUUCUGCUGCACCAUCAUGUGAGGAGACCCCUGCCAGGGACACCCCAAACCUGGGGAUGGUUCUGCUGCACCACCCUGUGAGCCCCCUUCCCAGGGACCCUAGGGCUGCCCAAAUUUGGGGAUGGUUCUGCUGCACCAUCAUGUGAGCAGCCCCCUGUCCAGGGACCCUUCAGGGGGCUGCCCAAAAUUAGGGAUGGUUGUACUGCACCAUCACAUGAGCUCCCCCUGCCCAGGGACCCCCUGAACCUGGGGAUGGUUCUGCUGCACCAUCCUGUGAGCUCCCUGCCCAGGGACCCCCAAACCUGGGGAUGGUUCUGCUCCCCGGGCAGUGGGAGCUGUGCUGGAGGCACCUCUGGGCUUGCUGAGGUGACAUUUGGGGACAGGGGGUGCAGGGGGACAGUGAGGGGUGAGGGAUGGCCCUGAGCUCUCUGCGAGCCUGCAGAGCUUGAGGCCAAAGCCAUCCCAGGGGGUUGUACAUGCCACUGGAGGGUGGAGGAGGUGCCCAAAUUUUUGGCUGUCCCUUCAUCCUUGCCAGUUCCUGCCCUGGCAGCACAGGGGCAGCUCCUGGUGCUGCCUCAUCACCUGCUCCUGGAAGGGAAUUAUCCAGCACCUGUAUCCUGGUGUUCUGGGCAUGGCUCUGUCUCUGGGGCACAGGGAAACAGGAGCUCUUCUUUUCCCCUUGUGGGAUUUCUCCCUGUGGAGGGCAGAGCAGCCAGAUUACAUGCGCUGUCUUUAGGUUUGGUCAGGUCAGACCUCCAGGUGGAUAUUCUGGAUGAAAGCAAAAAAAGGGGGGAAAAGUAAAUCCCAGUCCUGCUCCUGACACCCCCAGGAGCUGAGUUCUGCCUUCCCAGGGCUCUGAGCCCCCCUGUGCCCCAGCACAGCCCCAGCACAGGAAGGCUGUGAGCACCAAAUAACCUGGGAAUGCUCCUUGCUGGGCAGGUCACCCCUCUGCUACCUCUGCUCCUGGGCUCAGCAGGUGACCAGCUUUGCACCCCAGCCCCUGGGGUGUCCUGGGCAGGUGGGCACCCCCCUGUGCCCCCUGUGCCCCCGGCAGUGCCACCAGGCUGGGUUUUCCCACAAGGAUGUUGCCUCGGCAGCAACAGGGAGCUGGAGCAGCACUUCCAGCUGAAUUCCUGCUUUGUUUUUUUUUUUUCUCUCUCUGCAUAUCCCUAAUAGCAAAGUGAGUCCCCCAUGUUUUGGUUUUUUUUAAUUGUUUAAUUAUUAUUUUUUAAUCUUGUGGUUUGUGUUUGCACCAGAGCCGCAGCUCGCCUGCGUGCUGCCCUGCAGGGUGGGCUGGCAAAGGGCAGCCCCUGCUAGGAAAUGGUGAUGGGGUGGUGGAGGCAGAGCAAGAGGCCGAGAGGGUCGUGGUUUCUCCAUGGCUGGUCCCUGUGACACACAGGGAAACACCAUCCUCACCUGCUGAGGCAGGAUCUGAGUCUGAUCCAUGCUCCAGCAAAUCCAUCCCCGUGAUUCCUGCUGCCACAAGGAGCUGGAAGGGUUCAUCAGAACAGGACACCCAAGCCCUCUCUGCCACCACAGCCUGGUGUCCAGCACAGCUCCACUGUGCUCUUGGAAUUGCUUCCCAUCCAAGGCAGCUCCAGCUGAGCUCCAGUGCCUCUGACCACCCCAUCCCUGUGCCAGGGCUGGGCGUGCAUCCUGCUCCUCCCUCCCUGCUUGGGGAAUCAAACCCCUCGCUCCAAAAUUUAAAACAAAAAAAAAAAAAAGGAAAAAAAUUAGGAAAGGCAAUGGGGGGACAUGAGUCCAUCUCAGCCAGGAAGGGCAGUGGCACUUGUCACCAUCCCUUGCCUUCGUGGCAAACCUGGCUCCCUGUCCAAGCUCAUCCUGACAGGAUUUAUUAACAUAUCUGAGUCCACUUAUCGAUCUCUGGCUAGAGCUUUACCCCUCCAAAUUGUCUGAGAAGGAAAUUCCUUGGUAAAUGCUAAUAAUAAAGCAUUUCUAAAGUGCUCACACUACACAUAUCAACGACUAAGCCAAUACAUUGUUUGUUAUAACCCUGUAGCCUGCAGUUUAUAGCACAAUUAGUUACAGGUUUUUAUAGCAUCUAUUUAGUAUUUUGAAGAAAAAAAAAGAAGAAAAAAAAGGUUAUAAAUAUAAUUGUUAUAUUCUAUUGUACUUUAUAGACAGAGGAAGUUAUAUUAGUAAUAACAACAACUCUCACUGCUUCCACAGCACUUCCCAGCUCCUGGAAGAACGAGGGCUACACAGAGCUCCUCUCCCCAGAGCCCAGGAAGGGGUGGGUGGUGCAGGCAGGGAGAUCCCAGCUGUCCAGGCGCAGGGAUUGGAGCACGAGCACCCUGCGGCCCUACUCACACCUUACUACAGAUUUACCACUCACCCAACGCCUCCCUGGUCCUGCUGAGAGCAGCCUGGGCCUGUCCCAAGCUGGGAUGUCCCCACUGCUGUGCCCAGGGCAGUGCCAGGUCCCUGCCCUGUGCUCCUGGGGGUGAUGCUGGGUUCACCAAGGAUGCUCCCUUCUCCUCCUCCUCCUCCUCCUGCCCCACUGAGCAUCCCAAGCCUGGACUUGGCUUCCCUUUCCCCCCUGGACUCCUUGUUGGAGAUUCCCGAGGUGUCUGCACCGCCUGUGACGCCCUGCACCUCCUUCUUUGAAAUUGAAUUAAAAAUCAGGUCUGUCCCCUUGU